AUGUUCAUUCCGCACGACUACGAUCUGCCGGAGUACAUUGAAUUCAACAAGGCCAUCUACCCGAACGUCUUCAAUCUCGCCCCGGGGUCGAUCAUCACAGUGAACGCCACCUGCGGCGAGAUGGGCCCUGAGGUGUACUGUCACCUGGUGAACCACGUCCCGGCCGGGGACGGCGGCAGCGGAAACGGCUCCUGCAGUGUCUGCGACCGCUUUCGGAGCCAGUCUCAGCACCCCAUUGAGAACGCCAUCGACGGCACCGACAGUUGGUGGCAGUCGCCGACGCUGCAGAAUGGCAAGCGUUUCGAGUGGGUCACCGUCAACAUCAACCUCCGUCAGGUUUAUGAGGUGGCCUACCUCAUUCUCAAGUCGGCCAACAGUCCGCUGCCGGCCAACUGGAUCCUCGAGCGGUCCGUCGACGGCGUCACCUUCACCCCCUGGCAGUACUUUGCCGGCAGUGACACCGAGUGCUGGGAGCGGUAUCGAGUGCGACCCACUACCGGCAAGGUCCGCUACCGAACUGAUGAUGAGGUGAUUUGCACGUCGUUCUACUCGAAGCACGACUCGCUCUCAAAUGGAGAGGUGCACGUACAGCUGGUCACCGGUCGACCCAGUGCCGAGGAUCCCAGUCCGACGCUGAAGGACUUUGUGCGGGCGCAGUACAUUCGCCUGCGACUGCAGAAGAUUCGUUCCCUCCAUGGGGGCCUCUUCUACGAUGCCGCUGAUCUGGACAAGGCCGACAAGAGUGUCACCAGAAGGCUGUUUUACUCUAUCAAGGACAUCUCCAUUGGUGGGAAGUGUCUUUGCAAUGGACACGCUUCGGAAUGCGCCGCUCCGGAGCGGUUGCAGCAAUUUUCUGGAUCUUCUCGUUCCUCAUCAAGUUCCACCACCUCAGGCCUCCCCAAAUGCGCUUGCGAGCACAACACCGACGGCCGCUCAUGUGAGAAGUGCCUGCCGCUGUUCAACCAGCGCCCCUGGGCGCCAGGCAGCAAGUCAAAUGCUGGCGCCUGCGAGCAGUGCCAGUGCUACGGCCAUGCGGAUAGCUGCCACUUCGACGCGACCGUCGCCGAACGGCACCUCUCGGUCAACACCGAGGGCGCCUACGAGGGCGGCGGCGUCUGUCUGAACUGCAAACACUCGACGACGGGCGUCAACUGUGAGCAGUGCCUGGACGGGUACUACCGACCGGAGGGGGUGGCACCGGACUCGAAGGAGCCCUGUCGGAAGUGCGCCUGUCCGGCGCCGGGCAUGAGUCGGCACUGUGUGAAGGACGACAGUCACCAGAUUGAGGGCCGACGCCCCGGGGACUGCCUCUGUCGAGAGGGCUUUGAGGGGGUGAAGUGUGACCGCUGUGCACGGGGUUAUCGAAAUUAUCCUCGUUGUGACCAGUGCAACUGCGUCUUUGCCGGCAGCGUCAACGGCGAGUGUGAUGGCCCCUGUCAGUGCAAGGAGAAUGUCUUUGGAUCGAGAUGUGGCGAGUGUAAGGACGGCCACUACAACCUGGCGGUGGACAACCCCGACGGCUGCUCCAGCUGUUACUGCUUCGGCGCCACUGACAAGUGCAAACCGAGCGACUGGGGCAUUGAGAUUGUGCGCAGCCCCGAGGACUGGCUCAUCACCGACGUGCCCCGUUCCUUCAGCAAACAGCCCAACCGAGAGGAGUCGCCCACCGACGGCCACCGAUGGGUAGUGGCCGACGAUGAGAUUCCCAGCCGGGCACAGCAGCUGUACUACUGGGAGGCGCCCAAGGAGUACCUCGGCCAGAACCUCUACUCAUACGGAAACAGCCUCAAGUACGUGCUCAACUACGUGGUCGGCCGCGGGGACACCUCGGGUGUGUACACUGACGACCCUGAUGUCAUUCUGGAGGGCGGCAUUCCUGACGGCCUGCGCAUUGGCUACAAGUGGCACAAGCCGACGGACACUGGCGAUGACAACAUCAAGUCGACCAUUAUCAUGCCCUUGCGAGAGCAGGGCUGGUUCAGAGUGGACGACGAGGGCCGCAAGGUGCCCGGCGAAAACUCGCAGCCCACGCGCGAAGAGUUCACCCUUCUCCUCUACAACCUCAAGCGACUGCUGGUGCGGGCCAAGUUCCACACCGACCAGCUGGAGGGCGGCCUCUACCAGAUGGACCUGGAGCGGGCGUCGAACGUCUCGAAGAGCGUGAAGAAGGCGGUCGGCACGGAGCAGUGCGACUGUCCGCCCGGAUACGCCGGCCUCAGCUGCGAGUACUGCCAGCCGGGCUACCGCCGGGUGAACAACCAGCUGGUGAACGGCGUCUGCGAGAAGUGCAACUGCAACAACCACGCCCUCAGCUGCGACCCCUACACCGGCGCCUGCAGUGAGUGUCUGCACAACACCACCGGGCCGACCUGUGGCGAGUGUAAGCCGGGCUUCUACGGGGACGCCACCCGAGGCACGGAGGACGACUGCAAACCGUGCGCCUGUCCGCUGCUCAUUCCCUCCAACAACUUUUCGCCGACCUGCCGAGCAGAGCCGACGGCCAAGUACGGCUAUGUCUGUCUGGAGUGCCCGGAGGGCUACGAAGGCGAGCGCUGCGAAAUCUGCGCCAACGGCUGGUUCGGAAAUCCGCUCAUUCCGGGCGGUUUCUGCGCCCCCUGCGACUGCGGACCGAAUGCGAACACCACCGUGGAGGGCUGGUGCGACCACCUGACCGGGCAGUGCAAGGUCUGCACGGGGAACACCGCCGGCUGGAAGUGCGACGAGUGUCUGCCUGACCACUGGGGCAACCCCGCCAUUGGCGACUGUCGCGCCUGCAACUGCAACCCGAAGGGGUCGAAGACGCAGCAGUGCAACAUGCUCACCGGCCAGUGCGAGUGCAAGCCCAACUACACGGGGGUGAAGUGCGACCAGUGCGCCCCUGGCUACGGCAACCUCGAGCUGGACUGUCCGCCCUGCAAGUGCAACGUCACCGGCGCCGUCGAUGGCAUCUGCGACCCGGAGACGGGCGUCUGCACGUGCAAGCCGGGCGUCUUUGGGCAGUACUGCGACCAGUGUCUGGAGGGACACUAUGGCUUCAGCAGUGAUGGAUGCAAGUGGNGCACGUGCAAGCCGGGCGUCUUUGGGCAGUACUGCGACCAGUGUCUGGAGGGACACUAUGGCUUCAGCAGUGAUGGAUGCAAGUGGUGCAACUGUAAUAAGCUAGGGUCGGAGGAUCUGGACUGUGAUGAGGGCACUG